CUCCUGCGAGCUGCCAGCGGCUCUGGGUCGGAGCGGCUCUGGUUUGCUCGCCGUCCGUCUGUCUGUAUGUCUGUCGUCGGGCUUGGACAUCAUUUUUAAACCCCUCUCAGCGCCUGGAAGGGAACAUUUUUCAAACUAAAUCUGGAAGAAUGUGACACACAAUUGGAUUUCUCCUUGUUUACACCUACGGUAGCGCUUACGUUUCUUCCGAUGGAGCGGGUGAUUUGGAGAGAGUUUGUCCGGUAAUUGGGUCCAUCGGCUCGGUUCGGAGUUCAUCUGGACUGCAGGGGAAACCUUAAGUGGUUCGGGGAGACCUUUAACCCCCCUCCGGUGAGAGGGGGAUACUAUGUCCAGACGAAAACAGACCAACCCCUUCAAAGUUGACUGGCCAUUCCACACUUUGGGCUUAUCUGGACUCCAGCACACCAUUAACAUGGACGGCAGGGAUGAAUUCACCGAGGACGGCGAAAGCUGCAACAACAACAACUCGCAGGAAGUCCAAGGACAGGAUAGCCUCACAGAAGACAGCGAUAGCGACCCUGACAACCACGGCGAAGACUCGUCCUCCAACGCCUCUGCUGACGACCACAUGACUGCCAACCGAGCGCAGUGCCGCCUUCAAGGGGCGGGUGUCAAAGUGGAGAGUGACGAGGGAGCUGACCACAGCAACAGCUUCGUCUGUCCUCUGUGCACGCUGGAUUUCAGCAGCCCUGAGAGACUCAUUUCACAUGUCUACCAGCAUACAAGCAUGAUGAGCAACACCAAGAGCUACGUGUGUCCAGUGUGUGGGCGAGCCCUGAGUUCUCCUGGCUCGCUUGGACGGCAUCUUCUCAUCCACUCUGAGGACCGCCUCUCCAACUGCGCCGUCUGUGGCGCACGCUUCACAGACACCAACAACUUUAACAGGGAAAAGCUAAAAGAUGUCCUCGACACAAGCAGGGUGGACGUUACUGGUGGACGGGACUCCUGCUCCAUGUCCCAGUCCCUCUCCAGCAGCCCCAUGAGCAGCCCGGGCUCCAGCACGCACUCCUGCCACGGAGCGGGUCCCAGUCCCAGUUCCUGUCAGGGCCCGCCUCCCUGCCAGGCUCCCGAUCCGACACCCACCCUCUGUCAGGUCCAUCGCUCCUGCCAAGCCUCCAGCCACAUCCCAAACCAGUGUCAAGGACCACGGCCGUGCCACGCGUUAAGCCCAGGUUGUGGACAGUGCUCAGGGUCCGAUCAAGGACCCACCUUUCCUUCGCUGCCCGAUGGGCUCCUGUCCGAAGGUCCGUCGCUCGCGUCCAUCCCUGACGCCCUCAACUCCUCCUCUUCAGCCCUUCCUCCCAUUCCCGACAUCAUGAGCCCGAUGCCCGUCUACCCCGCCGGAGUCCUGCUGGUGUGCAACAGCUGCGUGGCCUACCAGCAGCUGGUGGAGGCGCAGUCUCCGAUGCGGAAGUGGGCCUUGCGUCGCAAGAACGAGCCCCUGGAGGCUCGCCUGCAGCGUUUGGAACGCGAACGCACCGCGAAGAAGAACAAGCGCGCCUGCGAGACAGACGAGGAGAAGGAGCUGAGGCGGCUGCGAGACCGCGAGGCCAAGCGCAUGCAGAGGAUGCAGGAGACGGAGGAGCAGAGGGCGCGGCGGCUGCAGAGAGACCGGGAGGCCAUGCGGCUAAAGAGGGCCAACGAGACUCCGGAGAAGAGGCAGGCCCGGCUGAUCCGCGAGAGGGAGGCCAAGCGGAUCAAGCGGCGGCUGGAGAAGAUCGACCCCGCCCUCAGGACGCAGAUCGAGCACGAUCCCGCCGCGAUGGCCGCUCUCACAGCGGACAUGAGUCUCUUUCAGUUCCCCUGUCCCAUGCCGGUUCCUUCCAUAGAUAAUGGUCUCUUCAUGAAGCUGCCAUGAUACCUGUGGAUCCUAUAAAAACUCCCCCAGCCUGUUCCGUCAGGUUCCUGUCCUACUCUCCCCCAUUCCCCGAUUUCCUCUGUAUUCAUGCAAACUUCUUCAAUUUCUAAUUUAUUACAGUCUAUAAAACCUUGGAAACAGGGUUGAGAAUGUUUCUUAUUCUAAGAGCAUGCUGUAAAGAGAUUUAUCCGUGUUUCAGUGGACUCUCAGCGGUAAUAGUACAUUCUGGUGGGAGCAGUUAUUCUUGCUUCAACUGAAAAACAAAACGAAACAAAAAAAGAAUCAUUUGCACAUGGAUCCUCAGUGAGGGGAGUGUGGACCCUGUAGCUGCAGACCCUCCCUCCCUGGUCCUCCCAGCCCAGUAACUCAGACUCCGGUAGCUGCUCCUCUCUCUGUUUUCUAGCUGCUACCGUGGAACAUUCAUGUCCAAACUACUACCUCAUCCGGCGCCGUGGACGGUCGCUCUCUGUCCUGUGGCUUACCAGCUCCAAGCUUCCAAAGCUACACACACUAUACAAUACUACAGAAGACGCAGGUCGUUUCCCCACACUUUUAAGUUUUGAUAUUCCUCUUUAUGGCACUUUAAUAGGUCACAUCCAUUUAUUGGUGAAUGUUUGUCCCUAUUGAACAUGCCCGGUGUUGAAAAGCAUUCCUGUCGUCAUUAUCUUCAUUCAUGUCGUCUUUUUUUUUUUUUUUAAACACUGUGUGUAAUUUAUUGUUUUUUAAAAACUCAGUCUCUGCUGCUGUUAUUGUACUGUACAUUACAUUAUUUACCUCUUAUAUAUUUUGGUCUCAUUACAUGGAAAAAGAAAACCCAACAUGUUACCUGUUGACCUCAGAUUUCGUCGCAUUACUUGAAUUCUGUCUACGAAGAUGCAUUUGUGUUUUAUGCUAAUUGGUAAACAUGUUAGUGUACAGAAAGUCAUGCUUAAUUUCAACCUGCUUUGUGCAAUUCCUGUAGCAUUCACGUUCUCUGUGAGUCUGCAGUGUCUUAUGUUGU